AUGUUUUUAUGUGAAGAGUGGAUGUCUUCCAAGGGAGGUUUGCCUACUUUCAAUAGAGAAUUUGCAAUAAGUUUAGCUAAAAUAUCAAAUGGCGAGAUCAAAGUCCAUUGCUAUGUCUCUCGAAGUAGUGAAUCAGAUAGAGAGGACGCUAGCAAAAAUAGUGUCAAUUUAAUCACUGCAACAAGCAUACCUGGAACCUCGGAUCCCCUGGAUUGGCUUAAGAUUCCUCUACCAGAACUUUCACAUCCUGAUAUUGUGAUUGGUCAUGGCAGGAAGUUUGGCGUCCCUGCUUACUGCAUUGCGAAAACUACAAACUGCAAGUGGGUGCAAUUUGUGCAUGUGUUUUGUGAAGAUCUUGGAAAAUUUAAACAAGCAGUUGCAGAAAACACUGAUACAAUUGAAGAAAAUGAAAAGAAGCAUAAAAGUGAAAUUGCACUCUGCAAAGCAGCCGAUGCUGUGGUUGCUGUGGGAACUCGAUUACAGCUAAAGUACAGUAGAUGUCUCCCAGACAGAGAAGUUCAUGUCAUCACACCUGGAAUUUUUGAGAAAUUUGUCAGCCUCGCUGUGAAAGAGGCCGGGCAAGUUACAAAUGAUCAAGAGGAAUUCAGCAUCUUUGUCUUUGGUAGAGGAACUUUUGAGGAUCUUUCUCUGAAAGGUUAUGACGUUAUUGCUGAUGCAGUAGGUUCUCUUGGAGAGAAAUUUAAGAUGACAUUUGUUGGUUCACCUGAAGGCCAGCACAGAAAAAUAGAGGAAUGGUUACUACAGGAAACAAGAAUAACACGUGAUCAAGUGACUAUUCGUGGAUACUGUGAUCAAGAAGAGCUGAAGAGAAUGUUUCUCGAAGCAGACUUGGUCGCUCUUCCGUCUCGCACUGAAGGCUUUGGAUUGGUUGCCCUUGAAGCUAUUUCUGCAGGGGUUCCUGUUCUUGUUACUAGUGAAUCUGGCAUUGCCAAAGCUUUGGAGAAAGUGGAAGGUGGGCAUUUGGCAGUUGUUAAAUCAGGAAACCGGGAAGAGUGGCUCCAGAAGAUAACACAGCUCUCCAUGCAGAAUCCAAAAAAGAGAUGUGAUGGUGCUGUUCGUCUCAGAGAAGAGUACUGCAGGAUUUUCUCUUGGAAAACUCAGUGUGCAAAAUUCAAAGAAAUUGUGCAAGGUCUUACUGACAGGCCAACCAUCGCAGUUGGAUCAAAUGGUAUGCAAUGUAACUACAGCACUGUAAUCUAGGCCACCUUUUCAAAAUAAAAAAUCGGAUUACAUGAAAAUGACAAUUAGUACAUUCUGCAAAAGAAGUUUUUUGAGCCAAUUAGCAGCUCAUAAGGAAAAUAAAAACCUUUUUGAAGCAGAGAAUUUAAAUAUUGAUAGCAAAAGUUUCCAAGAAAGCAAAAUUUAUGAUAAGACGAUAUUUUCUGUGUUUGUACACUGUAGGAGACAUAAUUUGUUGUCACAAGGCUGUAAUUUCGUCAUUUAUAUAAGCAAUUGCUAAGCUAACUGCGCUUUUAAAUAAUGGUGAAGUCAAGCCAAAAAUUUAACCAAACGGUUGUUUUUGUAUUCCAUAAAUCACUCUUGCUAACGGACCUUUCUUCUGCGGGUCAAAAGUUCACGUCUCAGGGUUGUAAUAACUUGUAGAUAUCGAUUUCAGUCCAUUUUGUUUUGUUUUUUUGUUUGUUUCAUCUUAACUGUGGGUGACAGCCAUUUUUCUCGGAAUGUACAAUGUUACUUUCCUGUAAUCUGAUUGGUCAAUUUUAUAUAGGUGACCACCAGUUACAGUACGUAGUUGCACUGUUAUCUAAUCCUUUGUGUACCUCCAGGUCAGUAUCUUGUCCUCAAAUCGAGUUUUGACUUUUUUUAUUAAUGCUGAAAAAGCCAAAGGAGCAGAAUGCAGAUAAUUAUUACAUGUAUUUAUAUUUGAAGGUCAGUCUUAAUAAUAUUAUUGUCAUACUAAUAAAACUCUGAACACCUGGUGUUAUUACCAAAAACAGCCAAAGGAGCAGAAUGCACAUAAUUAUUACAUGUAUUUUUAUUUGAUGGUGGUCUUAAUAAUAUUAUUGUCAAACUAAUAAAACUCUGAACACCUGGGCCGAGUUGUUCAAAGCUGGGUUAAGAUAACCCAGGGUUAGUGAGAGAUUUGAAUUCAGAUUUGAAAGCUUAAAAAGCAUUUCAGUUUUAAUUCUUUUUGUCUACAAGUUGAUGAUUGAAAGCUCUAAAAUUAACAGAGAGAAUUAUCUCAGAAAAUACUUCUGAACACAAGAAAAAGAAACCCGAGUUAAAUUUAACCCCGCGUUAAGCGCUAAUCGGCCUUCGAACAACUCGGCCCUGGUGUUAUUACCAAAUCCCAGUGGAGAUCAGGGCAUAUUAAAUAUAAUUGUGUUAAUUUGUUUAGAUUCACCAACAACAGCUGCUGGGAACACCUUGAAAGGUCUAAAGGAGAUGCCUUCUGUUCUUAAUUUAAUGAGGCGUAUGAUAACUGCACCAAAUUUGGGAGCUGAUAUGACUGCAGAAAAAGACAACAAUGGGAAAGAAGGCCAACCAGCAGAAAACAAGGACUCGACUUUGCUACACAGUGCAGCCGAGGGUGGCGAUGUGUCCAUCAUUGAAAUUAUUCUAUCCGAUGGAAUUGAAGUAAACACAAAAGAUAGCUUUGGUGCAACGCCAUUGAUGAUUGCUGCUGCAAAAUGCAAAAAGCAGGCAGUAGAUUUCCUACUCUCUAAGGGUGCAGAUCCAUCUCUGACAACCAACGUCGGAAGAAAUUCACUUCAUGCUGCUGCUGAGGGUGGUGACGUCUCCAUUGUGAAGGCAAUGUUAUCACAUGACAUUCCUCUAGAUUCGACUGAUAAUGAUGGAAUCACUUCAUUAAUGAUCGCGGUUGCUUUGAAUAACUUCGAUACAGUAGAGUUUCUCCUUAGCGAGGGUGCAGAUCCAUUUUUGAAAACUAAUGAAGGGAGGACUGCUUUGUUUUUUACUGCUCUAGGAGGCCACACUGGUGUCAUAAACCUCGUGCUUUCUUGUGGUUUGGAGAUUGACUCACAAGAUGAUGAAGGCGUUACAACAUUAAUGUGGGCAGCAGUAUGUGCCAAUUUGCAGGCCGUACGUUGUCUGCUUGAGAAAGGUGCUGAUCCACUGCUGACAGCCAAUAACGGUUGGAGCUCUCUACAUUUUGCUUCUAAGGGGCUAACGCAGCAACUAUUGAGACUCUCCUCUCAUAUGGAAUUGAUGUUAAUGUUAAAACGGAUUCUUUGA